AUGGCAACUGCACAGCAAAUGCCUGUGGCGCCCCGGUCCGCUCGGUUAGCCGACGACGCCGCGACCGCUGCACUCUAUGUGACGCAGCCUCGACGCAGGGCUACUGUUCGCGAUGCCCCCGCGGCCGAGUCCCAAUACUUGAAUCAACGAAAAACAGGCGGUUCUCUUGACCUCAGCCAUGCUUCCGCCGCCUCAGCCCUUGCGCAUGCGAAUCACAAACCCAUUGAAGUAUGGCGCCCUGGCCGACUGCCCGACGCUGAGAAGGCGGCGUUGAUUGUGAAGGAUUUCACCCCUCCCGCGGUUCCUCAGCCCAGCACCCAGUACAGUGCGGAGGGUCUGGGCGCCGCAGUUCUUGCCGUGCGGGAGCAGAGAGGCAUAACAAGCUCGUCGCCGACUCAAGCCGGCCACAAGCACGACAUCUCCGCCCGGUCUGGUCCUAUCCAUGAUGAUAGGGCGCGCCGAGCGGCCACCGGUGCUUAUGCCGCCCGUCAGAGGGCUGACUCUGCCCCGAGUGAACCGGUCAUUGCGACCGACUCGGCAUAUGCACUCACUGCCGCCGCUGGCGUGUCGCAUCGCGCUCAGGAGCGUAAAGAAGGACCUCUGGACCACCUGGACAAUGCGAUGGAAGCCAGUCGAAUUACCCAUAUCCCCAAAACCAAUGCUCGCCUCUAUACAUCGUCCCCUCCGGUAACGAGUGAGGUUCAGGAGCGCAAUCGAAGGAACUCGCUGCACGCUGCGGCUCUCGUAAUGGCGAAGGACAUGUAUGACGCCACGGGACCGACCGGCGAGGCCAAGAACAUGGACGCCGCUGUCCAGGCGGCUCAGACUGGACAAAGUCAAUUACAAUCACGAAAGUCUGUCAGUGGAGCGAACGGCUCCGCAGUCCAGCGAGCAAUGACUUUGCAAGAGACGGCCCAAAAGCGGGCUGCGGAAAAAUUGGCACGUAUGCAUGAUGAGCAUGCUGAGUUCCAAGAGUAUUACGGCACCGCCCCCAGCCUCAACGGUCCCGUCUGA